UUAUAUCAUAUCAAUUAUAUAUAUCAAUAAAAUAAAUAAAAACAUGUCUGUUAUAAGCAUUGCAGUUGGUGAUGCAUUAAAAUCAUUGAAGUAUUGGAUUGAUCAGGAUGCUGAUGAAUUUUCUGUUGAAAAGGUUGACGAAUCUAUGUUGACUAAAAUGGAUGAUAUUAUUAACGAGAUACAAGACAAAUCCAUAACACAAUUUGCAGAGUCGUGUGAUAAAUAUAUCCACCAAGUGCUGUUGGGGAAAAGACCAAAUUAUCGCCUUGAUGUCUUCAAACACAAAGUAGUUGAAAUUGAUGGACAGAGAUUGAUGCCACACCAUUUGAUGUACCAUAAUGUUGAAAGUGGUUAUGGUAAUUUUAAAGACACCCAAUUAGAUUCUAUGAAGGUGGUCCUUAACAAAUUUGUGGACUGCGAUAACCAAGAGAGACUUGUUGUGGAUGUUUUGCAGUACAUAGUGGUGUUGUGGACUACUAUUGGUUUUUGCAAAGUUAGCCCUGCAGUGGCACGUUUUUACCUGGCUGAGGGAGGUAAAGAUAGAGGCAAAGAAGCUUAUGACAUGCUCGAACGGAGAUUUAUGAAACGAUCAAGUAUAAUAGCAACGGAAGUAAAGAAAAGGGAGAAGGAAAAUGACGAGAAAAUUGCAGAACAAGAGGGAUCUAUUAAAACAAAUGUUGUGGUGGGCCAAAAGAGGACGUACAAAAAGGAGAAGAAGAUCUGUCCAGAAUGUGGGGAAAGUAAAUUUAAUUUGCCUCGUCACGUGGAGGAUAAACACAAAUGGACAAAAGCAAAGUCUAAACAGAUAGUGAUAAGCCAUAGUCUGAGAAAGCCCUACAAUUGGCACCUUGAAACACCCAGUAGGAAAAAAGGAGGCGCAGAUAAAAAAACUUAUCCAGACUAUCAUGUUCCUCGCAUAUGUCCGUUGCCAACAUGUUUGAGAGUGGUAAAAAAAAUGUCAGAGCAUCUCCAACUCUACCAUAAAUUGGAGACUAAUGAAGAGUAUUAUGCGUUAUUACGUUCCUCCCGUCCCGUUUCCAAAAGCAACGAAGCUCCUCGGGAAGAAUCAAGUGUAGAUUUUGAGACGAACUUCAACAAUCCGGUUACUGAAGCAGAACGCAACGACUGCGAAAGCAGCACAAGCUUUGACAAUAAUGGCACAAUGCAACAGUUUCUGGCGUACCUGAUGUCCCCAGAUGGUGGGCAACGUGAAAGGAAAAGUUCCUUGCAAGCUGUUAGCGAAGUACGCACAGUGGUAAAUGUUUUGGGGGGCCAGCUUAUUAAUCUAUUUAAGAAGAAUAAGAUCCGAGACGAUUUUUUUGUCAAUUACUUAGACAAGAAAAGCAAGCCGGCAACCUCCAAGCACUACAUGUCUUCGCUAAUUUCAUUCAUGGAAUUUGCAGUCAGUGAAGGUUUGGAGUUGCCUGAACUUUGUGUGGAUGAUUUUAUAACCGCGAAAUUACGCUUACAUAAAUGGCGUAAAACUUAUAAUAAAGUCAUCGAUGAGCAACGUUGGGACAGAGAAGAAGCUCAAAUGGAGCUUUUAGUCAGUCCAGACCAAUGGGCAACAUUUGAAUGCAGCGAAUUGGCCAGAAAUGCGGUAAAACUGUUAGGGACAGCAUCAGAAAGCGAAGUUUUCACCAUGUUGGAAUACACCAACGUGCGUGAUUACUUGAUGACUGUUAUCGCUUUGCAAAAUGCACACAGAGCGGGUGUAGCAUCCAAUUUAACUUUGGAGGAAUUUGGAAAGCGCAAGUUAGAUGACAGCGGUCAUAAUAUUCUCAUUAAGGUAAAGUACCACAAAACAAAAAGUACGCAUGGCCCAGCGGUAAUUUGCAUCCCUGUCCAAAAAGCAAGAUUAUUGGAAUUAUUUGUUAAAUACCUAAGGCCACAGGUACCUGGACAGGCAAAUCAGGUGUUUGUUUCUUGGAAUGGAAAACCGUUGGAAUCUGGCAGUGUCAGUAAACAAAUACACUCCAUUUGGACACGCUCUGGAGUUUACGAUGGUUUUGAAAUGCCAAAAGGGAACAUAAACACUACGAUAAUACGCAAAUCCAUCACAACUCGCGUCCAUGAUCAGCAACCAGAUAACGCACAGCCUGUAGCUGAUUUGCUUGCACAUUCGUUGUCCACAGCUAAGAAAGUGUAUCGCCUUAGAGAGCGCGAAAAGCAAGCCGUUGCAGGAAUAAACGUUAUAAAUUCUGUCUUUGAAAGACCAAGACCAAAUUCAACACCAUCCAAACCAAACAAGUGGAGCAAAGACGAGGAGGCAAAAGUGUUGCAAUACUUUGAAAAAGAAAUUGCUGCGCAAUACAUAAAUAUUUCGAUGAUCAGGGAAAAAUUGCCAUUACUAGACAUCUCUAAAUCUGAGAAACAGAUUUACGACAAAAUUCGUUCCUAUUUUAUUUACGAUGCAGGUACAAGUAGCAACGUUAAAGAUCAAGUAAAAGUAAAAGAAAAUGCAGCUCUUGAACUUUGUCCUCCCGUUGAUCCAUCAUUUUAUCAGCAAUGUGAGCAUGACGACUGUUCGUCUAUCGCGACUGACGUAAUACCACCAACAACAUCGUCUAAUCUUUCCGGUCAGCAGAAAUUGUUUGAUUCUAUUGAAACCAAUGAAAUCAAAAGUCUUUGUUUUGACAUCAUAAAAGGUGGUCCAAUUUCUGCUGAACGCAUACUGGAAAAAUUGAGUAAAUCAGAAAUUGGUAGAGAAAUUCUGCAAAAGUAUAAAAUUAUGCAAGUCCAGACCAGACUGAAAUACGAACGCCGAAUGUACAGAAUGAAAAAACGAUAAAACAUUUAAGUAAUGGGAAACGAUAUCUUUUUCUUUCUUUUUUCUUUGUUUGUUUUUGUUUUUUGAGCACAUAGUUUCUGUGAUCGCUACGAAAAUUAUGUUAUCUGUUUUUGAUGAUAGGAGAAAACGUUAAGAAAUGCCUAACAAUUACCUAAAGUUUGAAAGGUUUUAUUGAAAUUAGUUCCGUAUUUUGUAUUAAUAAAAAGAUAACGAGUGCUUAUUUUAUAUAAAAUUACAACGAGUCUAUAUUUGAUAAAACGAUAGUGAGUCUUUAUUUGAUACAACAACAAGGACUCAUAUUUUAUUAAACAAUAACGAGUUUUUUAUUUUUGAAAACGAUAAGUUUUUAUUACAUGUUUUUGAGCCGCUUUUAUGUAUAUUUUUUAUGAUGCCAUGCAAAUUUAUUAAGUUGAGUCUUUUAUUUGUAUACCCCAUUCUAAUAAUUAUUUGGAGAAACAAUCUUGUUAAGUUUACUUGUCGCAAUACGUAAAU